GUCACAGUGUCUGGGUUGUUGUUCCCCGGGGUUCCACUAGAUGUCCUCCUUCUCACGGUGCCUGUCCCAGAUCACUUCCUGUUCCCUUAUAUGGUCACCUUCCUCCUUGUUACCUGAUUGAUUGUUCACCCCACCUGUCUCCUGUUUCCCAAUUAUCCUUCUGUGUAUAAAUACCCAGUCUGUCUUAGUCUAUGUCACGGAGUCCUUGUCUGAUGUCAUUGUGUUUCAGGUCCAUCAGUCUUGCUUUGUCUUACCCUAUGUGUCUCAUUCUCUCGUUCCACCAGACUUCCUCUACCUUUCCGUUCUUCCGAGUUCCCCGUUUCAUCCGGUUCCCUUUUUGUUUGAUUUGUCUCUCAUGACUGUUUAUUUUGUAUUUACCCCUCUGUUUAAAUAAAACCCUUACCUGCAUUUGGAUCUACCCUCUCUUUGUGUUUUUCCCCAAUACCUAUCGUGACAGAAGGACUCCGUCAUGCCUAGAUCCAGCGGUGUGGGAUUUCGAAUCGGUUCCCCAGCCACCAUGGAGGAACGGAGGGGGAGAUACCAGAACUUAAUCACCCUUCAUCAAGAGGGAAGUGAGGUGGGUGGCCUGGCGCAAUUGUUUUGGACUAUGGCAGUCGGGCUAGGUUACAAUGAUGCAGCACUAAAGGAUUUAUUUAAUAAUUGCCUGGAUGAUCCUUUACCUUCAUGGGAGAUGAAGGGGUUAGAGAUACUGGACUUUUGGGGGUUUACCAAUUACCUGCACCAUCGUGCCCAGUGGAAUGCAACAACCACACCAGAGUGUCCAGACAAGGCUGCCAGCUCAGCCCCACAGCACAAGAUGGGCGCCAGCCCAACCCCACAGCACAAGAUGGCCGCCAACCUAGCGUCACAGCCCAAGAUGGCCGCCAGCCCAGCACCACAGCACAAGAUGGCCGACUCAACGCCACCGACUCCCCAUCGUAGAGGGCGGAGGAGGAGACAGGCAGCUGCUGUUCCCGAGGCGGAGCCCGAGGCAGUUCCCGAGGCGGUGCCCGAGGCUGUUCCCGAGGCGGUGCGCGAUGCAGUUCCCGAGGCGGUGCUCGAUGCAGUUCCCGAGGCGGUGCUCGAUGCAGUUUCCGAGGCGGUGCCCGAUGCAGUUUCCGAGGCGGUGCUCGAUGCAGUUCCCGAGGCGGUGCCCGAUGCAGUUUCCGAGGCGGUGCCCGAUGCAGUUCCCGAGGCGGUGCCCGAUGCUGUUCCCGAGGCGGAGCCCGAUGCUGUUCCCGAGGCGGAGCCCGAUGCUGUUCCCGAGGCGGUGCCCGAUGCAGUUCCCGAGGCGGUGCCCGAUGCAGUUCCCGAGGCGGUGCCCGAUGCUGUUUCCGAGGCGGUGCCCGAUGCAGUUCCCGAGGCGGUGCCCGAUGCAGUUCCCGAGGCGAAGCCCGAUGCAGUUCCCGAUGCAGUUCCCGAGGCGGUGCCCGAUGCUGUUUCCGAGGCGGAGCCCGAUGCAGUUCCCGAGGCGGUGCUCGAUGCAGUUCCCGAGGCGGUGCUCGAUGCAGUUCCCGAGGCGGAGCCCGAUGCUGUUCCCGAGGCGGAGCCCGAUGCUGUUCCCGAGGCGGAGCCCGAUGCUGUUCCCGAGGCGGUGCCCGAUGCUGUUCCCGAGGCGGUGCCCGAUGCUGUUUCCGAGGCGGUGCCCGAUGCAGUUCCCGAGGCGGAGCCCGAUGCAGUUCCCGAGGCGGAGCCCGAUGCAGUUCCCGAGGCGGAGCCCGAUGCAGUUCCCGAGGCGGAGCCCGAUGCAGUUCCCGAGGCGGAGCCCGAUGCUGUUCCCGAGGCGGUGCCCGAGGUUGUUCCCGAGGCGGUGCCCGAUGUUGUUCCCGAGGCGGUGUCCGUUACAGUUCCCGAGGCGGUGACCACAAGGCCGUGGUGGUCUUCGGCUCCGCCCUGGGAGACUCUGGCGGUGACCACGAGGACGUGGUGGUCAUCCGCUCCGCCCUGGGGGACUCUGGCGGUGACCACGAGGACGUGGUGGUCGUCCGCUCCACCCUGGGGGACUCUGGUGAUGACCAUGAGGACGUGGUGGUCUUCUGCUCCGACCUGGUGGACUCCGGCCUCGACCACAGAGACGUGGUGGUCUUCCGCUCCGCCCUGGAGGGCUCUGGCCUUGACCACACGGCUGUGGUGGUCAUCUGCUCCGUCCUAGUGGACGCCUCAACAUGUCCUUCAUGGACUUAUGUUUUGUGUUUUUUGAGUUCUGUUUCUGUCUGUUCUCGUUAGUUUAGUCUGGCCCUCCGUCCCUCCCCCUGAGCCUCCACCUGUCCGCCUCCCUCCUGGUCUCUGUGUCAUGUUUUGUCUUUAAGCGUCUGGUAGCCGCUCCGUAGAGGGGGGGUACUGUCACAGUGUCUGGGUUGUUGUUCCCCGGGGUUCCACUAGAUGUCCUCCUUCUCACGGUGCCUGUCCCAGAUCACUUCCUGUUCCCUUAUAUGGUCACCUUCCUCCUUGUUACCUGAUUGAUUGUUCACCCCACCUGUCUCCUGUUUCCCAAUUAUCCUUCUGUGUAUAAAUACCCAGUCUGUCUUAGUCUAUGUCACGGAGUCCUUGUCUGAUGUCAUUGUGUUUCAGGUCCAUCAGUCUUGCUUUGUCUUACCCUAUGUGUCUCAUUCUCUCGUUCCACCAGACUUCCUCUACCUUUCCGUUCUUCCGAGUUCCCCGUUUCAUCCGGUUCCCUUUUUGUUUGAUUUGUCUCUCAUGACUGUUUAUUUUGUAUUUACCCCUCUGUUUAAAUAAAACCCUUACCUGCA